AUGGAGGACCGGUCCCACAAGGUGCUGCUGGCGCUGGUGAUGCUCUUCCUCUUCGCCGUGAUCGUGCUGCAGUACGUCUGCCCGGGCACCGAGUGCCAGCUCCUGCGGCUCCGCGCCCUCAGCCCCGCCGCCGCCGCCGACCCGUACCGGGCGGAGGACGAGACGCCGGCGCGUUUCGUUCCCCGUUUCAAUUUCUCCGCCGACGACUUGCUGCGGCGGGUGGACUUCAACAUCAAGGGGGACGACCUGAUCGUGUUCCUGCACAUCCAGAAGACGGGCGGCACCACCUUCGGGCGGCACCUGGUCCGCAACAUCCAGCUGGAGCAGCCCUGCGAGUGCCGCGCCGGGCAGAAGAAGUGCACCUGCCACCGGCCCGGCAAGCGGGAGACCUGGCUCUUCUCCCGCUUCUCCACCGGCUGGAGCUGCGGGCUGCACGCCGACUGGACCGAGCUCACCAACUGCGUGCCCUCCGUGGUGGACAGCAAGAAGGAGGUGCGGCUCCGUCCCUCCAGGAAUUUCUACUACAUCACCAUCCUGCGUGACCCCGUGUCCCGGUACCUGAGCGAAUGGCGCCACGUCCAGCGAGGAGCCACGUGGAAGGCGUCCCUGCACGUCUGCGACGGCCGCUCCCCGACCACCGAGGAGCUGCCCAGCUGCUACACGGGGGACGACUGGUCGGGCUGUUCCCUGCAGGAGUUCAUGGACUGCCCCUACAACCUGGCCAACAACCGCCAGGUCCGCAUGCUCUCCGACCUCAGCCUGGUGGGAUGCUACAACCUGUCGGUCAUGCCCGAGGAGCAGAGAAAUAAGGUUCUGCUGGACAGCGCCAAGGAGAACCUGAAGCGGAUGGCCUUCUUCGGCCUGACCGAGUUCCAGCGCAAGACUCAGUAUCUCUUUGAGAAGACUUUCAGCAUGAACUUCAUCUCGCCGUUCACGCAGUACAAUAGCACAAGGGCCUCCAGCGUGGAGAUAGACAAGCAGACUCAGCAGCGCAUCGAGGCCCUCAAUUUUUUAGAUAUGGAAUUGUACGAUUAUGCAAAAGACCUGUUUUUGCAGCGGUACCAGUACAUGCGGCAGAAGGAGCACCAGGAGGCGCGGCGGAAACGCCAGGAGCAGCGGAAGAUCCUGCGGGCGAAGCAGGCGCACCUGAGGGAGCAGGGGGAGAACAGCUCCAGCACUGACUACACGGGGAACGUGGAGAGGUGGCGGCGAUAGUGGGGGGCACCUGCCAAGGGUGGAAAAGAAGCAGAGCCCAACCCAACCCACGAACAAGUGAUGCUUCUCAAGGGUCUGAAGCAAAAAGAGGUCAAAAUGUUGCCUUUGCAGUUGCCUUUGCAGUAAAUGUUGUACUGUACGUGGAACACUUAAUCCUAGCGUGUAAUUAAAUUGUCCUUUUUAGGUUUGUUGGAUUAUUUAUGAAAUACAGGAGCCGUCUCGGCUCAUCGGAAA